CCAACUUCAAGCACGGCAGGAUAAUUUCGAAGUGAACUACCAACAAGAUUCACUGCCGAUUCCCCUCAGAAGCCAAAAACCCGCAGAAUCAUGGCUGGAUUUCGGAUUGCCAUCGGCGGAGACGAUGCCGGCUUUGCCUACAAGGAGACGCUUACCAAGGACCUGAAUGCGGAUGACCGAGUGAGCGAAGUCAUCGACGUCGGACCUAACUCAGCGUCAGACAAGACCGCAUAUCCCCACUUCGCAAUCGCGGCUGCCGAGCUGGUGGCGCAAGGGAAAGCAGACCGCGCUCUCCUGAUCUGUGGAACGGGCCUGGGCGUUGCAAUCUCUGCCAACAAGGUCCAGGGCAUCCGGGCCGUCACGGCUCAUGACAGCUUCAGCGUCGAGCGAGCGAUUCUGAGCAACGACUCGCAGGUGCUGUGCCUUGGUGCCAGGGUCAUCGGGAUCGAGCUGGCCAGGAGGCUUGUUAAGGAGUGGCUUGGCUAUAAAUUUGACCCUACUUCUGCUUCUGCUGCCAAGGUCCAAUGCAUCACAGAUUACGACAAUAAGCACCACACACCAGCCGCUACAACGACCUAGUCGGCUGGGGUCGGCUUUAAGCGUUUAGACUACGCCGCAAGGGGCAGCCAACUUGGACAACACAAACAUAUUUAAUGCCUUGGUUGAAGAAGCAUGUAAUUUAUCGACUCCUUUGCAAAGACGUUGGCAUUAUGAGCGAUGCCAUAUGAACCCAGCCGUUGCGCUACCAUGUCCAGGCUCCGGCUUCCAAGGUUCCAUGUCUUCUCGUUGAUUCCGAGAUCGCUCGCUCCUGUCUGCACAUGUGAGCUCGACAGACGCAUUUUGGCGUAUCGAAAUGUGGG